AUGACGAGUAAUAUUACUCCUAAUGCUGGUCCAUCACUUUUCGGAGGAAAGAGUAAAUUAAUAGCUGUAAUUGGUGAUGAAGAUACUGUAACUGGUUUUUUACUUGGUGGUAUUGGUGAAAUCAAUGCUAAAACACGUAAACCAAAUUUUUUAAUUGUCGAUAAAAAUACAAAAGUAUCAGAUAUUGAUGAAACAUUUAAAAGUUUUCUUCUACGUGAUGAUAUUGGCAUUAUACUUAUUAGUCAACAUAUUGCUGAAUUAAUUCGUGCAACAGUUGAUGGUCAUGAUAAGCCUGUACCUGCAAUAUUAGAAAUUCCAAGUAAAGAACAUCCAUAUGAUCCUAGUAAAGAUUCAAUAUUAAGACGUGCUCGUGGAAUGUUCAGUGCAGAGGAUUUCAAAUAA